AUGGCCCCAAUUGAUGAUGCGAUUGCAGACUUGAACUCGCGAGAACCAGGAGAAAAAUACACGCUAAGAGAGGUUGCUGAAAAAUGGGGCGUUAAUCGCUCGACGCUCGGGCGGAGGUGGCGACGUGUGACAGGGUCAAAAGAAGCUAGUAACGCCCAACGACAAGCACUCAGCCCACAACAGGAAUCGGAGCUUGUACUAUAUAUUGAAAAGCUUACCAAGAGAGCUCUACCACCUACAAGGCGAAUGAUCCAGAACUUUACAUCAGCAAUAGCUAAACGAAAGGUUAGCGAGAGCUGGGUUACUCGCUUCAUCAACCGACAC